GAGAGAGAGAGAGACAGAGAGAGAGAGAGAGAGGGGGGAAUCGACUUGGAGCGGGCGAGUGGGGUACGUGGGGGGCGAUGGGUUCGGAGGCGGCGACGCGGUUCUUCUGGGGUGACUCCCCGGAGGAGGAGGAGUACUACGCGUCGCGCGGCGUGCGGAACCGGCAGUCGUACUUCGCCAGCCCGCACGGGCGGGUCUUCACGCAGUCCUUCCACCCCGUGGUGGCGGAGGGGGAGGAGAUCGCCGCCGUCAAGGGGUGCGUGUUCAUGAGCCACGGCUACGGGUCCGACACGGGCUGGCUCUUCCAGGAGAUCGCCAUCAACUACGCCACGUGGGGCUACGCCGUCUACUGCGCCGACCUGCUCGGGCACGGGCGCUCCGACGGCCUCCGCUGCUACCUCGGCGACAUGGAGAAGGUGGCGGCCGCCUCGCUCUCCUUCUUCCUGUCCGUGCGCGCCGACCCGGCCCACGCGCCCCUCCCGGCCUUCCUCUUCGGCGAGUCCAUGGGCGGGGCCGCGGCGCUGCUCAUGUACCUCCGCUCCCCGCCCGGCGCCUGGACGGGCCUAAUCCUCUCCGCGCCGCUGCUCGCCAUGCCCGAGGAGAUGCAGCCCUCGCGCCUACGCCUCUUCCUCUUCGGCCUCCUCUUCGGCCUCGCCGACACCUGGCCGGCCAUGCCCGACAAGAAGAUGGUCGGCAAGUCCAUCCGCGACCGGGACCGCCUCCGCGUCAUCGCCUCCAACCCCCGCCGCUACACGGGCCCGCCGCGCGUCGGCACCAUGCGGGAGCUGGCGCGCCUCUGCGGCUACCUGCAGGACAGCUUCCCCCUGGUCACGGCGCCCUUCCUCGCCCUGCACGGCACCGAGGACGGCGUCACGGCUCCCGAGGGGUCGACGAUGCUGUACGACCGGGCGGCCAGCGCCGACAAGACCCUGAUCGUCUACGACGGCUUCUACCACUCGCUCGUCCAGGGCGAGUCCCCCGACAACAGCCGCCGCGUCCUCGGCGACAUGCGCGCCUGGAUCGACGACCGCGUCGCACGCUACGCCCACCACGCCAACGACACAAGCUAGCGCCGACGCUCGGAGGAAAUUCCUUUUUUUUUUUUCCUUUUUUAUUAGUAUUAAAAAAAAAGAUCGAAGGGCAUGCAACACCAAGAAUUGAUUCACGAUAAAUUAGUGAUUAUUUUUAACAGAGGGAGAGUAUGCUACUACAUGUAAUAAUGUACAAUAUAUGCACGGCGGAUUUGGCGUCCAGUUCAAGGCGUACGUUGUAUCGUUUUUUUUUUUUUUUUUUUUCCUCCUUGCGCGGAGGAGAUAGUAUGAUGAACCCUGCGUGGAAUUGAUUAAGAAGAAAAGAAAAGAAAAGAAUUAAGAGUCGUUGAUC